CUGACCUACCAGGACCUGUCUCCGCCUUCCCAUCAAGCCUUGCGGCUUCCGCUUUCCCUCUUUCUUUCGGCGCUCGGGGCCUGCUGGGGCUGCUGUUCUUCUCCUGCCGACACCAUGCCUGCCCUAAGACCUCUUAUCAAGGCUAAAAUUGUCAAGAAGAGGACCAAGAAGUUCAUCCGUCAUCAGUCUGAUCGCUAUGUUAAAAUCAAGCGUAACUGGCGCAAGCCAAGAGGUAUCGACAACAGAGUUCGCAGAAGGUUCAAGGGUCAAAUCUUGAUGCCCAACAUUGGGUAUGGUAGUAACAAGAAGACAAAGCAUAUGUUGCCUUCAGGAUUCAGGAAGUUUCUGGUGCAUAAUGUCAAGGAGCUUGAGGUGCUUAUGAUGAGCAACAAGUCCUUUUGUGCAGAGAUUGCACAUAAUGUUUCAUCCAAGAAUCGAAAGGUAAUUGUGGAGAGAGCAGCCCAGCUUGCAAUCAAAGUCACCAAUCCAAAUGCCAGAUUGCGCAGUGAGGAAAAUGAAUAAAUUGUUGUUCUUGUACAACUGUAUUUAAUAAAGCUCCAAAGUGUUGGAAAA